UGAGAAAUGCAGGGUGGAAGCGCGGAGCCCCUCUUCGUGCGCAGCGGUGUUGGAGUGCCGGGUUGCACGGGGGGAGCCUCGGAUGAAAGCUCUCCUCCAACACUACAUUUCAAAUGAAUGACUGAUUAUUCUGCAACUUUUUGCUGCGGCUGACUACGUGGCACGUGGCAGAUUUACCUAUAAGAAGGAAAGAAAAUUGGCUUUGGCUAUUAUUAUUGAGCAUUUUAUUGGGCCACCCCGACCCACCCCUGGGCCAGGCGCUGCUAGACGCGGCGUGCGACACGAUCCCUUUACUCGCAGCGAUGAGACUCCACCUGCCUCUCAAAGAGAAAAACGUUACGUGUAUUUUGGGAUGCAGCUGGGCCCCUCCGGCCCCUCCAAGCUCCGCCUGGCUCCUCCCCCCCCCGUGGGAGAAUCUCGCUCUCUGGGGGGGGGCAGCGGCGAUUCCCGACAAGGAGCCGCCUGCUUUCUCUUCCCAUUUUGCAGCCUCAGGUCAGCCUGCCGGCACGGCGUCUCCCUCACCCUGCUGCCCUAAUCGGCACUCUGUUUUCCGAUUGGUGGAAUAUUGGCGGUCGGCCAAUCCCUGCGCUUGCUCCGGAUCCCAGAGAUGGCAGAUGAACAGGCUAGAUGAAGCUGACAGUUUGCAGAAAACCGCACCUUUUCCUGUAGAGCAUGAGACCAGUUAGAGCCUUCCUCCGCAUCUGUGUACAUAGAUAUCCAGCUCCUGUCUCUGGUUCCUGAAGCUGAAAAGAGCAGUGCGUUGGCUGGGAAACACCCGAGAAGCAUUUGUAUUUGGACUGAAAGAAAAACAGUGAGGAAGAGAAGACCUGAGAAGACAAAACAUCCAUGGAUCACAAACAUUCGGUACAAAAAUCUGAAUACCCAACUGAGGUUUCUCAAGACUGUGCUCAGCUUGAACCUGGAGACCUGAUUGAGGUUUUUGAGGCUGAAGACCGGCAACACUGGGCUGUCUAUGUGGGUGGUGGAGAUGUCAUCCACCUGGCUGUUUCCAAACUGAACCAAGAGGGAAACGUUCUGAAGGAUCCUCUUUCAAAAGUGGUCCACACAAGCAAGUACAAGGUCAAUAACAAGUAUGACAUGGAACACAAGCCCAGGCCGGUGCACGAGAUCAUCCAGGAUGCAACAGCAAAGCUGGGGAACAAAGUAGCCUUUGACCUGUUGAACUACAACUGUGAGCACUUUGCCACUGAACUUCGCUAUGGCAAGGCAAUGAGUGAUCAGGUACAAAAAUCUGAAUACCCGACUGAGGUUUCUCAAGACUGUGCUCAGCUUGAACCUGGAGACCUGAUUGAGGUUUUUGAGGCUGAAGACCGGGAACACUGGGCUGUCUAUGUGGGUGGUGGAGAAGUCAUCCAUGUGUGUGUUCAGAAUUUUUCAAUGUCCAAACUGAUCCAAGAGGGAGAAAUUCUGAAGCAUCCUCUUUCAAAAGUGGUGAAGGGAAAAGGGUACAAGAUCAAUAACAAGUAUGACAUGGAACACAAGCCCAGGCCGGUGCAAGAAAUCAUCCGGGAUGCAACAGCACAGGCAAAAGCUGGCAUUGCCCAACGUAGAUCCCACCCUGCAUCUCAAGUUGCAGCAAAAUCCCGAGCAGGAUUUUGAUUUACAUCAGAAUUUCAAAUGGCAGCGGAAUCUGCAUCAGCACCUCAGUUGGCAUCUGCUUCUCUGCAUUAGCUAAGCUCUGCCCAUCAGAAGUUUUCAGCUUCAACAUAAAGAGUCCAUAUGACUUUGGACUGACUAUCCUAUUGGGCUUCCUAAGUAUAGAUCCCUAAAUUUUUUUUAAAAAAUGGUGGAACUGUUAACUAAACGCUUUGGGUGCAGGGAAUAAGCUCUUGGCAACCUUGCCCGCCUUCAGUCAGCCGGCUUGGAUGUUUAUUUUUUAGCCAGUUUCCUGUUUCUUCCCCUGCUCUCUGCCAGCCGUCACUCAGGCUGCAGGAAAAGGUGCUCUUGGCUUAUAUAACUCUCUAGUGUGGCUCUGUUUGGAACACUAUGCUCAACCCCCAUCUCAUGGGGCGGGAUGAAUGGGGAACCUUUUUUUCAGACCGAGGGCCACAUCCCCCCGUGGUCAACGUUUCAGAGGCCGCAUGCCAGUGGUGGGCGAGGCCGGAGGCAAAAGGGGAUGGAGCAAUGGAUGUGGCUCUUAUACCCAGAAUACUUUCCAUCCUUGCAAAAGUCAGAGUUUUCUCUGCUAUGCGCCCAUCACUGCGAAACCAGCCUUUUAGCCUUCAUCCAAUUUUGUAGGGGAAAGGCCUACCUCUGGUGCAGUUUUCAUUGUGCAUCUUGCACAUAAGUUGACCUGCAGGGUAGUCUUUUUAGGACAUUGACACUAAUGGUCACCUGUAUAAUGUCCCCAAUUUCAGCCAGUUUCCACUCACUGUUUUCCUUCUGUAACCGAAAAACCAUCUGGGGGAUAAAAUGUCCCAGUAAUGCAUUGGGGUGUAUUUUAGUGCCCCAGCUACUGUUAGCGGAUUGGGGUAGUGAAAACACCCCAUUGUUUUUUUCACAGGAAAAUGAUCAGGGACAGGUCAACAAAGAACACGGGAGUCAAAUGCACAGAAACACUGUAUCUCAUAUGAAUAAUUUUUUUUCUGGCUCUGGGUGUUUGGGGAUUGGGUGUUGUCAAGUGUUCAUCCCCCCCUGCACGUACUGCAUAUGGAGAGAGCAGCCAUGGUCAACCAGGAUGCAUGACACUUUUGCUCACUUUGCAUCAGUCCUGCUGGGUGAGGCUGCUUUGAACCUUUGUGUGCAUUUUUACUGUCUCCAGCAAGAAGAAUGUGAAUUCUGAUAAGAGUCCUAGUAAACCACUUUGUAAAGACAUAAAAGUUAAAGUGUAACAUAUUUUUGCCAGCCGCUGCAGUGUUGAAUUGUGUCUAAGGUGCCUGCUUGGAAAAUCACUGAUGCAGGGGCCUCAGUUACUCUUCUUCCCCCCCCCCCAAAAAAACAGAUUAUUAUGGUAAUUCAUAAUUAUAUAUUAUGAAGGUCUGACCCCGUGAUGAUGAAAUUAAUGAGAAAUACACUGGAUAAGUCCAGCCUUCUUAUCCAGUUGCUGAUCAGUAUAAAAAGUAUAUUCAAAUUAUGUUGAGUUAAUUGUUCUGGGGUGGGGAAUUGCCUUUGGAUUACUUUUUCUACUUUCUUGCUGCUGUCUGCUCUGCCCUGCUUUUGCAAGGUUUGCCCAAGCUAAAGGCUUCAGGCUUAUCCACUCGUGGGUAGCAUACGACUUUCUAUAAUCUAGCGUUCUAGGAAACAUCAAGCCAAUAGACAGAUAGUUGGGCUGGAGGGAGUUAGGAGGAAAAUAUAUGAUUUAUCUCAAA